GUGCUGAUACGCCGCUGGCCCUACAGGACGCACACCAAGUUAAUGUAAGUGUAACCCCCCUGUGCAUGUGAUAAUGCAGGAUGGCAGUGUCUGUUAUGAAGUUACGCCACCGUGUUGCUGAAGGACUGAACCUUGCUGUAUGGCCCUUGCUGUGUUUGUCCAUUAUUAUGAUCUUGCCCAGCAACAUGCACCAUUCCUGCCCGUGGCACAGACGGCUUUCCGCGACACGCAACGAUUUCAUGGAACAGGCCACGGGCGCCGACCGUGUAUUUUCGCAAUGGAAGAAGAAUAAAGACGGUACCGCCUGGUGCCGCCCGCCAAGUGACAUGAACUUGGCUUUGAACGUUAAAAUGAAGAGCUUGAGCCGAAAUCGUGCCCGGAACCUCAAACAAUAAGAGCUAGCCUGAGGCACAUCAUGCCAGUAGUUCUCUCCCCCUUUG